AUGUACAUGUUACUAAUAAUUUCAGUCACAGAGACAUUAAAUUCAGAGUUAUGGCAUGCUUGUGCUGGCCCACUUGUAUCCUUGCCUCAUGUAGACAGUCCGGUGUAUUACUUCCCUCAAGGCCAAAUCGAACAGGGGGCUGCUCCCACCACAAGGAUUCCCAACUAUCCCAAUCUUCCAUCUCAGUUGCUGUGCCAAGUCCAAAACCUCACACUUCAUGCCGACAAAGAAACAGAAGAAAUCUAUGCACAAAUGACCCUCCAACCAUUGCAUCAUGAUGUAUUCAUUGAGGUCAAUAAUCUAUCUCCUUUACCUUCGGUUGGGUUAAAGGCCAAUGCUAGCAAGCAUCUCUUCUGCAAAACUUUAACUGCUAGUGACACCAGCAAACGCAGUGGCAGCUUAGUGGUGCCACAGACGGCAACAAAGGACCUCUUUCCACCCCUGGAUUACACAGUUCAACCAACAAUUCAGACUCUUAUUUUCCGAGAUUUGCAUGGUAAUAGUUGGAAAUUUCAUCAUGUAUAUCGUGGUAGCCCGAAGAGGCACGUUCUCGGUAAAUGUUGGAGUGAUUUUGUUAAAUCAAAAAGGCUUAAAGCAGGAGAUUCUGUUAUUUUUAUCCGGGAUGAGAAAUCACAAUUGCUAGUUAGGGUCAGGUAUGCUGAUAGUCAACACUCAUCACAUCCAUCGUCAAUCCUUUUUGCUGAUAAUAUGCACAUUGAUGUGCUUGCUGCUGCUGCUAAUAGAAGUCCAUGGACCGUUGUAUACAAUCCAAGAGCAUGCACUUCAGAAUUUGUUAUUCCACUUGUUAAAUACAACAAAGCUUUACGUACGCCUGAACUGUCAAUUGGCUUGAGAUUUGGUAUGAUGUUUGAGACAGAAGAAUUUGGUACGCGCAGAUAUUUGGGUACAAUAGUUGUGGAAUUAGAUGUCAAAGAAAGAACAAAUAAUGAUAUAGGAGGAGUGGAGACACUCUGUAGUCCCCUUUAUCAGCCAGAACUCCUAGAAGGCGUGCGUGCGUGCGUGCAGGCAAUUUUUGAGUAUAAAUACAGCAUACUACAACCUAAGAAUUGCAAAAGUGAAAGAAAAACAAAAAACAAGAGACAAUUGAAUAUGUCUUCCAAAAACAAAGACUCGGGUUCCAAAUAUGAUGAAUCUGAUACCGAAUAUAAUCGGAUUCUUGACUUGGCAAUCUUGAAAGGAAUUUGCAGAGACGAGUGCUAUGACUUCGGCCGUGACAAUGUUGAGAGUGACAGUGACGAUGAAAUUAUCAACAAUGAAGAGAACAAAGAAAUUGUUAACCUCAGCAAUGAAGAUGACAACAAGAAGGACGAUGGCACCACCAAGAACGGGAGCAAGGCAGUAUCAACAACAUCGGACCAUUAA